CAAAUAUUCUAACAAAUAUAAGAAAAAGUAAAAAUAGAAAAGACAUGAAAUAGCGUGGCACCUACUCUUCUUCUACUUCUAUCUUUACUAUCUCCCAUUGUCUUCAUACACCUUUACACUCCUUUCUCCUCUUCUCUUCAUCAUUUCUUCUUCUUUACACAUCUCUUCCAAUGGUGGAGACUGCAAAACACUAAACUUCCUCUCUCCCUCUUUCUCAAAAACAAAACUCUCGUGAAUGGCGGCGCGAAAACUUGGGUCGUUGUUACGUCAGCAUUUCUUCUCCCUCUUCUUUCUCUUUGUCGGCUGUUUCUUCUUCCCCAAAGGAGGUGACUGUAAACCGAAGAAGAGGAAGAAGAAGAAGAAGCUCAGAACGGUUUCUUCCGGUUCAGGUUCCGGUUUAUCCUCUUCUUGGACGUCUUUAAAACGGUUCUUCUUAUCUAAACCCCGCCACCAAACGCAUUCAAACGGUCAGUCAACGACUCUGACUUCCGCUAGAUCCUCUCACAACUCCCUCGUCACUCUCGUACAACCCGACCCGGAAACCCGUAUUGAAACCGGUUUAUCGGAGCCGGAUCUUCCUCUGUGCGACGAAGACGAGAUCUUCUCCUGCGCGGCGUGCGGAGAGAUCUUCCCAAAAACCAACCUCCUCGAGCACCACAUCGCCGUCAAACACGCCGUGACGGAGCUAACCGACGGCGAGUCAAGCACGAACAUCGUGAAAAUCAUAUUCAACUCGGGCUGGCCCGAUCAUCAAGGCAACAACAAAGCCCCGGAGAUCCAUCGGAUCCUAAAGAUCCACAACAGCCCCAAGAUCCUCGCGAGGUUCGAGGAGUACCGUGAGCUCGUCAAGGCCAAAGCCGCUCGCACCAGCCGCAGCGACGAACGGUGCGUCGCCGACGGGAACGAGCUGCUGAGAUUCUACUGCUCGACGUUCAUGUGCGACCUGGGGCGAAACGGUGGCUCCAGCCUCUGCGGCCAUCAGUACUGCAGCGUCUGCGGGAUCAUCGGAGCCGGGUUCUCGCCGAAGCUCGACGGGAUCGCGACGCUAGCGACGGGGUGGAGAGGACACGCGGCGGUUCCUGAGGAGGUGGAGGUGGAGUUUGGGUUUAUGAACGUGAAACGGGCCAUGCUGGUUUGCCGCGUCGUGGCGGGCCGGGUCGGGUGUGAUAUGAUUGAGGAUGAUGACGUGGACAAGAGUGAUGGAGGGUUUGAUUCUGUAGUAGGGCAGGGGAGUGGCGGGAGUAAUAAGAGUGGGGCCCUGUUGAGGAUCGACGAUGAGGAGCUUCUGGUGUUUAAUCCAAGGGCUGUGCUUCCUUGUUUUGUGAUAGUGUAUACUGUGUAGGUGUGUGAGCGUGUCUGUGUUAUAUAUAAUGUUUUUUUUGUGAGGUAUGGUUAAGAUGUAAUGUAAUGGAGAAGUGUGAACGCUUUAGAUGAUAAAAAAAAAUCUUUGUCGUGUCUUUCAA